CCAUGAAGGCCGUCGUGCAGCGGGUGGCCCAGGCCAGCGUCACGGUGGGUGGCGAACAGAUCAGCUCCAUAGGACGCGGGCUCUGUGUGCUGCUGGGCAUCUCCUUGGAAGACACGCAGCGGGAGCUGGAGCACAUGGUCCGAAAGAUCUUAAACUUGCGAGUAUUUGAAGAUGAAAGUGGGAAGCACUGGUCCAAAAGUGUGAUGGACAAGCAGUAUGAAGUGUUGUGUGUCAGCCAGUUCACUCUGCAGUGCAUCCUGAAAGGGAAUAAGCCUGACUACCACAUGGCGAUGCCCACAGAGCAGGCGGAGUGUUUUUACAACAACUUCUUAGAGCAGCUAAGAAAGGCCUACAAGCCAGAGCUUGUUAAAGACGGCAAGUUUGGUGCCUACAUGCAGGUCCACAUCCAG